AUGGCCAGUCCGGUGCAUGGCGAGUAUGCCCAACCCCUGCCCAGUCCGCCGGCAGCCUAUCUCCGAUCAACGCCUCCUUUUGCUCAAUCUACUCCGCGAUCUAUCCCAAAUCGCCCGACCUUGAACCUUAGUCGCAAACCAGUGGCCCACACGCAGUCGGACACAUCACCGGUGAUUCAAAACUCGCCACGCUCCCCAGUCAGGAUCGACCAUGGCACAGUCAUCCCCGAGCCGUCGAGCGCCCAGAUCGAACCACCAUACAAUGGGCCCAUCACACCCCAAUUGGAGCUCUCCGAGUUCACCGACAUGACACUCGAAGAUUCAGUGCAGCAACCACGCCAGAGUUGGAACCCUUCCUAUCCCCCACGGAGGGACUCGACCCAGGCCCCGCAUUACAAACAUCCGCAUCCGUAUGGACACACCCCCGCCAGCAGCGGCUCGUGGUCAGUGGUCGAGCCCAAGGAAGAUGGAGGACACGGGAACCCGAAAAAGAGUGGCUCGUCGUUGGAACGCGAGGGGUUGAGCUAUAAUAGUUCCUCCCGGGGCAGUUUGGACAGCGUGGCCCAGGUGUCGGACAGCUACGAGCCACUGGCCUAUCACCACCAGCAAGCGCCUGCGAAACCGGCACGCAAGCCCGUGGCGGAUGCCGCAGAGCACUCGUCAGGCUCGACAGACAAGCUAGCAGUGCGGCGGCCGCAGAUUACACGCCCUCUCUCGGCCUACUCGUCCACCUCAGAUGUCGGAGGCCACCGCCGCAAUCUCUCCGCAUCGCCGUACCUCCAUGGUCACUCAGUGUCACGAAACUCCACUGCAUCGCCUGAUACCCGGCCUCUGUCCGUCGUCGAUCUACUCAACACAUCGUACCCGCAGCCAGGACCAACCGCCGUUCAAUUCGGCAAUUCCCGCCUGCAGGCCUCAGUCGGCAACAAUGCCUCUCUUCUCAGCCACAAAGAGACCUUUGAAAUGUACCUGGCAAACGUCAAAAAGACCGACGAGCCCUCUGUCCUGUACGAAUUUGCGGUCUUCAUGCUCAAUUCCAUGCGCGAAAUGCCAGCCAUUGACCUGGAAGACAAAAGCCCCAUCACCCGCGCCCGCCUUCUCCGCGAAUCAAAAUCCAUCCUCCAACGCCUUGCAGACCGAAGCUACCCCUUUGCGCAAUACUACCUCGGUGACGGAUACGCGUCAGGCCUCUUCAACAAAGGAAAAGAAGACCACGACCGCUCCUUCCCACUCUUCGUAGCGGCCAGCAAACACGGCCACGUCGAAGCCUGCUACCGCACUGCCCUCUGCUACGAAUUCGGCUGGGGCACCCGCCCCGAUGGAGGCCGCGCCGUGCAAUUCUACCGCCAAGCCGCGUCCAAGAACCACCCAGGCGCCAUGAUGCGCAUGGCCAAGGCCUGUCUAGCCGGCGACAUGGGUCUCGGCAAACGCUACCGCGAGGGCAUCAAAUGGCUCAAGCGCGCGACCGAGUCCGCAGACGCACAGUACAACUCCGGGCCGUAUGAGCUCGGGGUGCUCCACGAAACGGGCUUCGGUGACGACGUCUUCCCGGACGCGACCUAUGCUGCGCAAUUGUUCACCAAGUCCGCCGAGCUGGGCCACGUCGAGGCGUGCUACAGGCUGGGUGAUGCGUACGAACAUGGCAAGCUGAGUUGUCCGCGGGACCCGGCGCUGAGUAUUCAUUUCUAUACGACUGCGGCGCAGCAGGGACAUCCGCUUGCUAUGAUGGCGCUUUGUGCGUGGUACCUUGUUGGCGCGGAGCCGGUUCUCGAGAAGGAUGAGGAGGAGGCGUAUGAGUGGGCUGUGCGGGCUGCGCAUUUGGGUCUGGCGAAGGCUCAGUAUGCGGUGGGCUAUUUCACUGAGAUGGGUAUUGGAUGUCGACGGGAUCCGCUCGAGUCGAAUGUUUGGUAUGUCAAGGCUGCUGAGCAGGGCGAUGAACGGGCUCGGCAUCGUAUUGCUACGAUUAGCGCUGCGGCCGAUGGAGUUCGAGCCAAGGGUUCAGGAGCUGGUGGCAGAUUGAGGAAGUCUGAGCCGAAGGCUUCUACUCCUGUUCAGGUUGGGACCAAUAGUCCAGGUAAGUUCUGA